AUGCCCCAUUUUUCGGGAGUUGCCCUAGUUAUCGGUGCUGGUUCAAGUUACGGGAAAGCCGUUACACGCCUGCUCAUAGAAAAUGGGUGUAUGAGGCUGAUUGUUGGCGAUACGGAUGAGACCGAACUUGCAAAUUUGCAGGCAGAAUGUCGAGCCUUGGAUCGUCCCACACUUCGAAUCAUAUCCAAGAAAUGUGAUACCAGGGUGGCCGAGGAUCUCGAGUAUAUCGUCGAGCUUGGAGUUGCGGAGUUCGGAGCCAUCAACUAUUGUGCCAACUGUGAGAGACUCAAUUAUAUCCAAGGCACGACUACAGAUAUCUCUCCAGAAGAGUUCAAUCGUGCUGGCGAUACAUGGCAGAAAGGCAUCUGGUUGGCAAUGCGAGCGCAGGUGCGUCAAUUCAACACACAACGAGACGAGGAUGAUACGGCUGGUACCAGUAUAGUGAAUAUCACUGCAGCUCAGGGCCUGGCAAGCGACGGAGGCUUCCCAAGCUAUUGCGCGGCUGCACAUGGAAUCGUGGGAAUGUCAAGAGCAACAGCAAUGGAUUACCUCAAGAAAGGGAUCCGCAUCAACUGUGUCUGUCCAGGUCCUACAGAAAACCCGGGCACAUAUGACCGUGCUGAAAGUGGCUCAUUACCACAGGCCCCGAUAGGCAGAUAUAUCGCUGCCGAGGAGGUCGCUCACGCAGUAGUUUUUCUACUGGGGGAAGGCGCGUCUGGGAUAACUGGGAUAGAGUUGCCAGUAGAUGGAGGCUGGUCCUUGUACCAUCACUGA